ACGUGUGCUGCCAGUCAUGUGUGCUCCCCGGGCCGGGGCGAAGCCCUGGGGACGCGGAAGUCGCUUCCUUCCCCUUUCCUCAAAUAGCUGCUAUGCAAAGGGCCCCACCAGUGCCGGGGAUGGCCAGGAGCGCGGCACUGCUCCUCUGGGCCCAAGCCCUCGGCCUCGCUGGUGCCCAGCCCAGCCAGCUCAUUCUAACCCCCCCCUGGAUGACGGUGUUCACGGAGGAGGAGGUGACGCUGAGGUGCGGGGGGUCCAGCUCGCCCGGCCCCACUGACUGGUACAUCAACGAGCAGCUCUGGUACCAGGCAGGGCCCGACCACAUCCGCAUCUCCAGGAGCCGUGCCGAGAGCAUCAUCUACCGGUGCCGCAGCCCCGGCGCCAGCCUCAGCCCCCCCAUCACCCUGACCUUCUCCGAAGACUGGCUGGUGCUGCAGGUGCCAGCGCAGACGCUGCUGGAGGGGGACACAUUGCGGCUGCGCUGCCGGGGCUGGAAGGACAAGGGAAUCACCCAGGUGUUGUUUUACCGCGAGUGGAAGCUGCUGGGGAGGCCGUCCCAGGGGACCGAGCUGCGCCUGCCCACCCUGCAGCUGCACCACAGCGGGCGCUACCACUGCGAGGCCACCGUGCGCCACAUCAUAGCGCAGUGGCGUAGGUCGGUGCUGGUGCCGGUGGUGGUGGAAGAGCUCUUCUCGGUGCCAGUGCUGCGCCUGGAGGGCCCGGCCGAGCCCCCCGAGGGAGCGCCCCUCACCCUGGGCUGCCUCAGCCGCCUCAGCCCCCUGCGGCCCCUCACCCGCCUCCAGCACGUCUUCUACCAGGACAAGGUGGUGGUGGGGGGCCCCCAGGACUCCCCCCAGCUCCUGCUGCCGGCCGUGGAGCUGUCCCAUUCGGGGAACUACUCCUGCGAGGUGCGGACGGAGAUGACCAGCGUGCAGAAACACAGCACCCCGGUCACCAUCACUGUGCACAGGGUCCCAGUUUCGGGGGUGUCCUUGGUGGUGCAGCCCCCUGAGGGGGAGGUGGCGGAGGGCGACCGCCUGGUGCUGGGCUGCUCGGUGGCUGCGGGGACGGGGCCCCUCUCCUUCUCCUGGCACCGGCAGGGCUCGGCCGUGCCGCUGGCCACCGGCCCCCGCUACGAGCUCCGCGCCGUGCGGCAGCGGGACGGCGGCCGCUACCACUGCAGGGCCACCAACGGCGACACCGCGGCGGACAGCCCGCCGCUGUGGGUCAGCGUGCUGGUGCCAGUGGCCGGUGUCGCCAUCGCGAUGGAGAGGAUGGAGCCAUCGGUGCCGGCGGGCGAGAGCCUCAACCCAGGCUGCUGGGUGCAGGCGGGCGAGAGCCUCAACCUGAGCUGCUUGGUGCAGGCGGGCGAGAGCUUCAACCCGAGCUGCUCAGUGCCGGCGGGCGAGAGCCUCAACCUGAGCUGCUCGGUGCCGGCGGGCGAGAGCCUCAACCUGAGCUGCUCGGUGCCAGCGGGCGAGAGCCUCAACCUGAGCUGCUCGGUGCAGGCGGGCACCGCGCCGGUGACCUUCACGUGGCUGCGGGACGGGCAGGAGCUGAGCUGGGGGCCCGUCCUGUCCCUGGGGACCGUGGAUCCGGCGCACGCCGGGACCUACCACUGCCUGGCCACCAACCGCCUCGGCACCCACCGCACCUUCCGGGCGUGCAGCCCGGCGCUGGCCCUCUCGGUGAUGCAGCCGAAAUGGGGAUUGAGGCAGCAGAGCACAGCCAUCGCCACGGGGCUCAGCGUGUCCCUCCUGCUCCUGCUCGCCGCUGCCAUGGCCUGGCACCUCCAGCGCCGGCACCACACGGCCGCCAGGAAGAGCCGGGUCAGGGACCCCACUGCCUCCCCGGAGCCUGAGGGUCGCUGGCCGGAGCCCACAGCCCCCCCCGGGGCGCCGGGGGACGGGGAGGUGCUGUACGCACAAGUCACAGUCGCCGAGCUGGGCGGAGGAAGUUCCCCGUCCCGGUCCCCCCGCUCCGCCCCCCCCCCGGAGUCACCCGUCACCUACGCGGUGCUGCCGGGUCCCCACGCGCGGCUGCGGCUGCCGAGCGACAUCUACGAGAACGUCCCGUGACAUCCGCGGGACGCUGGGGAUGCCACUGCACAGGGUGUCCAGCACUCCCCAUUCCCUCUCCCCUUGCUCCCCGCUCCUGGGGGGGAUGGAGGAGCUGUUUCCACGGUAUUAGCCUCAAAAUACAGGUUUUUUGGUUAAACAGGAA